GAACAUCGAAUCAAGCUGCUUUGUGCAGUGAGGACCUGUCCCAUUUUCCAGGGUGUGGAGGAGCGAGACUUGCACACCAUCGUGGAUGCCAUCGAGGUCGUUAGCUUCCAGCCUCGCGAUACCAUCUACACCAAAGGCGAGUAUGGUAGAAGUGGCUUCGUCCUCAUCUCGGGGCAAGUCAUAGCUGAAGCGGAGGACGUUGAUCAGAGCGACAACAUUUUCAGGAGAUCGAAGAGCAGAUGGGUGACGUUCGAGGAGGGACAGUUCUUCGGAGAACACACGAUGCUGUGGGGCUUCACGCGACGGGUGACAAUGACAACCUCAGAGGGCUGUGUUGUGGGUAAGCUCCGGAGAGAUGCGUACUUCAACAUCGUCACCCGCUCUGCGAUGCGCACGAGAUCUCUGAAGGAGAAGUAUUUAAGACAAGUUCCAAUUUUCGAGACGUUUGAUGACGAGCUCAUCAUACGAAUCACCGACAUUGUCGAGAAGCGGACCUACGCGCAGGGACAAAAGAUCAUCAAGCAGGGAGAGGAGAUUGUGCAAGCCGGCCAAAGCGUCUCCAAAGGAGAGAAUGUUCCUGCCGAGCUGUAUAUUCUCCUGAGCGGUCAGUGCGAAGCCUCCAUCAUGGUCGAUGUAGUCGGAGGCAACAAGAAGGAAGCGGAGGAGCAAGCUGUGAGGGAGUACAAGCCAGGCCAGCGUUUUGGCGAGCUUGGUUUUAUUCACCGAAAGACGCGUGCAGCAAACGUGACGGCAAAGACCGAAGUGGAACUGCUCGUGCUUGAUCGGGAUACUUUCGAAAGGCUGGUAGAGCUGGAGCUAAAGCAACGAGAAAAUUACGCCUGCGACCCGAGAAAGGCUCUUGCCGACUUCUGGAGCCCUGGAAGCCGCCGAGGGCCCCGUGGCAUCGAGGCACCGGGGCCUUCCUCGGAAACGCAUUGGUUUGCCGUCUACCGGCCCACCAGCCGCGAUGCCCUUGCAAAGAUGCUCAACCAAACUGCUGUCGGAAAGGGGCUCAAUGUGAAGGGCAAGUCAGCGAAGAGGAACCGCUUGUCUGGCUUUGUCCCGUUUCUGCAAAUCCACGACAACGCAGACAAGAACAAGAUAGAAAAUCCGCCUCCAGAUGCCUUCGUGACGAUCUACUACGACACCAAGCCAGACCGAGAGAUCGCAUUGCAGGAGAUGCGGGAUGCUGCUGCCAUCGGCGGCGCGUGGACAGGUGAUGACCGAGACCACGCCAUUACCCUGGACGAUAGCUACCCAGAUGCUUUUGGGGCACGCGUGCCGGAGACGCUCAUGCGCAUGGUUUACAUCGACAAGCAGGACAUCCAGUUCCAAGCGGGCUGGGAGACGGGGCGCCACUCCGAACCGGCCUUCAUGGACAUGAACUUGCACGCUGUCCGCGACGAGAAGAGCAAUCCGCGAGUGGUGCUCUAUCAGUACGAUGCAACCAACCCCAUGAAUCCGCACGGCCUCCUCAUCGCCUAUGCAGAGGAGUGGACAGCUCCACACAGCAGCAAAGUGGUGCGAACCGUCAAGCCGGUUGUCUCCGACUUUGACACCUUCACGGUGGGCAGCAAGGGAAUGCGCUACGAGCGGCUGCCGCCUGAUCAGAUGGAGCUGGAACUCUGGAGUUUAGAUCGUACCAGGGAGAUCCUCAAUCAGCCGAACUCCGACUCCUGGACGUCCCGGUGGCUCAAAGUCCUCAGCGAAGCCGCCAAGCAAGGCAGACGACCUGAAAUUCCGCCGUAUGGUUUUGGUGAUCCUACAUCAUAUGGUCUCAUCGAGCAGGUUAUCAAAGCCACCCAAGUCUCUGGCGCGGUUCGCCACGGCGCAGAAUGCUUCAACUUCUUGUUCCCACAGGAGUUGGACUCAGAGUAUCUCAUCGUUUGGCACGGCUUCAGCGGCAAGCCUUGGGAGUACCACGAUCAGCAGGGCUUGCUGAAAUUCCUGCGGGAGCGUAUUGCCGAAGGGUACUGCUUUCCUCUCAAUCCUGUUUGGCCUGUGCGUGAUGCUGGUUGGUACGAGGUUUAUUCCGAACUUGUGGCCAGCCAGGCGGCAAGGAGUACGAUGGCAUGUUGGUUCUCAGAGGACGCCAUGUCACGGAUCGAGUCCAUGCACCAAGAGUUUCCAGAGGGGUUCCACUUGAUGGAGUCGAGCCAGUCAACCCCGCCUGGCAACAAUGAAGAUGUCGAGCAGGAGCAGCUCCGACUACAGAGCACAAACUCCCAGGAGCAGCUUCGAUUACAGAGCACCGGCUCCGCGACCUC